GGCCAGGAGAGAAGAAGGCUCGCUUGCCCUUCCCUCCACGGGCCGCUGGAGGCGCCCGGGAAGGGGGCGGGGCCUUAGGGCGGGGCCAAUCGAUGUUAUCCAGCUCCGACGCGCCUGGCCCGUGAGGUUGGCCCGGGUCCGCUAGGGUGGGUGGCCCGGGCUUCGCGCGGCCGGCCAUGUGGGGCAGCGAACGCCUAGUGGGUGCAGGGGGAAGUGGGACUGUCGUAACUGUGGCUUUCACCAACGCUCGUGACUGCUUCCUCCGUUUGCCUCGGCGCCUGGUGUCCCAGCUGCACCUGCUGCAGAAUCAAGCUAUAGAAGUAGCCUGGGGUCACCAGCCUGCAUUCUUGAGCUGGGUGGAAGGCAGACAUUUUUGUGAUCAAGGUGAAAAUGUGGCUGAAAUUAACAGACAUGUUGGUCAGAAACUUGGACUGUCAAAUGGGGAACAGGUGUUUCUCAAGCCAUGUUCCCAUGUGAUGUCUUGUCAGCAAGUUGAGGUGGAACCCCUGUCAGCAGAUGAUUGGGAGAUACUGGAACUGCAUGCUGUUUCCCUGGAACAGCAUCUUCUAGAUCAAAUUCGAAUUGUUUUUCCACAAGCCAUUUUUCCUGUUUGGGUCGAUCAGCACACUUACAUAUUUAUUCAAAUUGUUGCACUAAUACCAAGAGCCACUUAUGGAAGGUUGGAGACCGACACCAGACUCCUUAUUCAGCCAAAGACCCGCCAAGCCAAAGAAAAUACAUUUUCUAAAGCAGAUAAUGCAUGUGGAACAUCUCAUAAUUAUGGAAGAGAUGAAAAAGGAUUAGCAGAAGAACUCCAAACCAAGCAACAUCAGUCAAAUACUAUACAUGGUACUGGGUCUGAUAAAACAGAUUCAGAGGAUACAGUUGACUCACCAUCAGUACCAAGCUUCUGGGCUAUGAUAGGAAGCAUUUUCUCUUUUGGGUCUGAAAAGAAACAAGAGACAUCCUGGGGUGUGACUGAAAUCAGUGCAUUCAAAAAUAUGCAGUCAAAGGUUGUUCCUGUAGACAAUAUUUUCCGAGUAUGUAAAUCUCAGCCUCCCAGUGUAUGCAAUGCAUCAGCAACUUCUAUAUUUCACAAACACUCUACCAUUCAUGUAUUUCCAUGGGACCAGGAAUAUUUUGAUGUGGAGCCCAGCUUUACUGUGACCUAUGGAAAGCUGGUUCAUCUACUUUCUCCAAAGCAACAGCAAAGUAAAACAAAGCAAAAUGUCCUGCCACCUGAAAAAGACAAGCAGAUGUCAGAACUAUUAUGUCAAAAACAAACUAACCUAGACCAUAAUCAAGAAGCCGGUAAGGCCUGUGUGCUAAAGGUGGUAUGGAAUGGACUUGAGGAAUUGAAGAAUGCCAUAAAAUACACCAAAAAUGUGGAAGCUCUCCACCUUGGGAAGGUCUGGAUUCCAGAUGACCUGAGAAAGAGAUUGAAUAUAGAAAUGCAUGCAGUGGUCAGAAUAACUCCACUGGAAGUUACCCCUAAAAUUCCAAGAUCUCUAAAGUUACAGCCUAGAGAAAACCUACCUAAAGACAUAACUGAAGAAAACAUAAAAACUGUGUUCUAUUCAUGGCUUCAGCAGUCUUCUACAACCACGCUUCCUUUGGUAAUAUCAGAGGAGGAAUAUAUUCAGCUGGAAAUUAAUGAUGGGUUGAAGGAAUUUUCUCUGAAUAUAGUUCAUUCUUGGGAAAAAGAAAAAGAAGAUAUUUUUCUGUUGAGUACCAAUCUGCUGCAGAAGAUCACAAUACAAGUCCUUCUAGAUCCUAUGCUAAAAGAAGAAAACAGUGAGGAAAUUGACUUUAUUCUUCCUUUUUUAAAGCUGAACUGCUUGGGAGGAGUGGCCUCCUUAGGCCUGUCCUCCGUGGAGCACAUCACCCACAGCCUCCUGGGACGCCCCCUGUCUCGGCAGCUGAUGUCUCUCGUGGCGGGACUUCGGAAUGGAGCCCUUUUACUCACAGGAGGGAAGGGGAGUGGAAAAUCAGCUUUAGCCAAAGCAGUCUGUAAAGAAGCAUUUGACAUACUGGAUGCCCAUGUGGAGGUAGUUGACUGUGAAGCUUUGCGAGGAAAAAGGCUUGAAAAUAUACAAAAAACCCUAGAGGCAGCUUUCUCAGAGGCAGCGUGGCGGCAGCCUGCAGUGGUUCUGCUGGACGACCUUGAUCUCCUUGCCGGCCUGCCGGCCCCGCCGGAACACGAGCACGGUCCUGAGGCGGUACAGAGCCAGCGGCUGGCACAUGCUCUGAAUGAUAUUUUGAAAGAGUUUAUUUCCAUGGGAAGUUUGGUUGCACUGAUUGCCACAAGCCAAUCUCAGCAUUCUCUCCAUCCUUCACUUGUUUCUGCUCAAGGAAUUCACACGUUUCAGUGUGUCCACCAUAUUCAACCUCCCGAUCAGGAACAAAGACGUGAAAUUCUGCAUAACGUAAUAAAAAAUAAACUGAAUUAUGAUAUAAAUAAGUUCACCGAUCUUGACCUGCAACCUAUAGUGAAAGAAACUGAAGGGUUUGUGGCGAGAGAUUUUACGGUGCUUGUGGAUCGAGCCAUACAUUCUCGUCUCUCUUAUCAGAGUAUAUCCACCAGGGAAGAAUUAGUUUUAACAACACUGGACUUCCAGAAGGCUCUCCAAGGAUUUAUUCCUGCAUCUCUGCGAAACAUCAACCUGCACAAACCUCAGGACCUGGGCUGGGAUAAGAUUGGUGGAUUACAUGAAGUGCGGCAGAUACUUAUGGAUACUAUCCAGUUACCAGCCAAGUACCCAGAAUUAUUUGUGAACUUGCCCAUACGGCAGAGAACGGGAGUGCUGCUGUACGGGCCUCCCGGGACGGGGAAAACCCUGCUCGCUGGAGUCAUUGCACGAGAGAGUGGGAUGAAUUUUAUUAGUGUCAAGGGGCCGGAGUUACUCAGCAAAUAUAUUGGAGCAAGUGAACAAGCUGUUCGGGAUAUUUUUAUUAGAGCACAGGCUGCAAAGCCCUGCAUUCUGUUCUUCGAUGAAUUUGAAUCCAUUGCCCCUCGCCGAGGCCAUGAUAACACAGGAGUCACAGACCGAGUCGUUAAUCAGUUGCUGACCCAGCUGGAUGGAGUAGAAGGCUUACAGGGUGUUUAUGUGCUGGCUGCUACCAGUCGCCCUGACUUGAUUGACCCUGCCCUGCUUAGGCCUGGCCGCCUGGACAAAUGUGUAUACUGUCCUCCUCCUGAUCAGGUGACAGUUCCGUAUUCAGAGUCCAAAACCCAACAAAUGCUACACUCUUUCCUUGUGAACUUGUGCCAGGUGUCACGUCUUGAAAUUUUGAAUGCUCUCAGUGACUCUCUCCCUCUGGCGGACGAUGUGGACCUUCAGCACGUGGCCUCAGUAACUGACUCCUUCACGGGAGCCGACCUGAAAGCACUGCUUUACAACGCCCAGCUAGAGGCCUUGCACGGAAGGCUGCUGUCCUGUGGGCUCCCCGAUGGAAGCUCCAGUUCUGACAGUGAUCUGAGUCUGUCUUCAAUGGUUUUUCUUAACCACAGCAGUGGCUCUGAUGACUCAACUGGAGAUGGAGAGUGUGGCUUAGAUCAGUCCCUUGUUUCUCUAGAGAUGUCUGAGAUGCUUCCGGAUGAGUCCAAGUUCAACAUGUACCGGCUCUACUUUGGAAGCUCUUAUGAAUCGGAACUUGGAAAUGGAACCUCUUCUGAUUUGAGCUCACAGUGCCUGUCUGCACCAAGCUCCAUGACUCAGGAUUUCCCUGCAGUUCCUACGAAAGAGCAGUUGCUCUCACAGCCUCCCGUGUUCAGAACAGCUUCACAAGAAGGCUCCCAAGAACUUACACAGGAACAGAGAGAUCAACUGAGAGCAGAUAUCAGUAUUAUCAAAGGCAGAUACCGGAGCCAAAGUGGAGAGGAUGACUCCCUUAACCGUCCAGGACCAGUCAGAGCCAGUCUGGCCAUUAGUCAGUCUCAUUUAAUGACCGCUCUCAGUCACACAAGGCCAUCCAUUAGUGAAGAUGACUGGAAGAAUUUUGCUGAGCUGUAUGAAAGCUUUCAAAAUCCAAAGAAGAGGAAAAAUCAAAGUGGAACAAUGUUUCGACCUGGACAGAAAGUAACUCUGGCAUAAAAUAUACUUCUGAUUUUUUUUCUUGGUGACUUGUCCCUAUGUUGUAAUAGUAAAAAUUGUGUCUGUAAUUUUUUAAAAUAAAUUAAUUAAGUUGUAAAAUCACAGAUUUGUAAACCUGUGGUUAUAUAAUGAUCAAGAUUACUUGAGAGUAAUACUGUAUAAUGGGAUAUUUAUAACAGAUUCUGUAUUUUAUUUCCUAUAAAUCUGUAUUAAACCCUUAAUGAAAUACUUGCCAAACAGUGUAAUUUUUUUCUUUUGAAGAAAAAGAUA